UAUUAUGAUUUUUCAAAGCACCCUUUCUUUCUCUUUCUACUCUUUUUUUCUCUCUCUUCACAACUUGGCCUCACUAUUAAUUCCCUCAUUCUACCCCUCCUUGGUCUAUAAAUCUGCUAAGCCUGCUUCCCUGAUUCACCCCUUCAACCUUCACCCUUGAAGAUUGAAAAGAGUUCUGAAAAGAAAUAUUAAACUAAGAGGUUCCUUUUUCAGUUAGUGGCACUACAUGUGAUAAGGAAUCAGCUUAACUUUACAUGCCAAUCACCUCCAGCCAUCCAUCAUACCCCUACUCCUUCCUUCCUUAUAAUAUCACUGACUUCUCUGUACUUAUUAAACCCUCUCCAUCUUUUGCAUGUCCAAAAGCCUUUUCCCAAAAUCAGAAUAAUAACUUGACAUUUCAGUCUCCAUUCAUAGGGAAAAUGGGUGAGGAAGCAAAACAGGAACAACCAGUGGCUGAAGCCAAGCCUGAGGAGAACAGAGAAGAGAAGCCAGAGGAAAAACCAGCAGAGGAAAAUAAGGAGGAGGAAAAGUCAGAAGAAAAGCCAGCAGAAGAGAAGAAGGAAGAACCUAAACCACCUUCCCCAUGUGUUCUGUUUGUGGACUUGCAUUGUGUGGGAUGUGCCAAGAAAAUUGAGAGAUAUAUCAUGAAAAUGAGAGGAGUUGAGGGAGUGGUAAUUGACAUGGCUAAAAAUGAAGUGACUAUAAAGGGUAUAGUGGAGCCUCAAGCGAUCUGCAACAUAAUCACCAAGAAGACUAAGAGAAGAGCCAGUGUUAUAUCUCCAUUGCCUGCAGCAGAAGGUGAACCUAUACCAGAAGUUGUUAAUUCUCAGGUUAGUGGACCAGUUACUGUGGAACUUAAUGUAAACAUGCACUGCGAGGCCUGUGCUGAGCAACUCAAGAGGAAGAUACUACAAAUGAGAGGAGUUCAAACAGCAAUGACAGAGUUUAGUACAGGGAAGGUUCUUGUGACAGGGACCAUGGAUGCAAACAAGCUAGUGGAUUAUGUCUAUAGACGCACCAAAAAGCAAGCCAAGAUAGUUCCUCAGCCAGAACCUGAGCCAGAAAAGAAAGAAGAGAGCAAAGAAGCUGAGAAACCUGAAGAGAAGAAAGAAGAGGAGAAGCCACCAGAGGAAGCCAAGAAAGAAGAGGGUGGUGAAGGUGGUGGUGAGAACAAAGAAGAAAAGGGUGGUGAAGAAGGCAAAGAAGAAGCCAAAAAAGAAGAGAAUGUAAUGGUGGUGGCUAAUAACAUUGAUGAUGAAGGUUUGAAGAGGAUGAUGUACUAUUACCAAUAUCCACCUCUCUAUGUUAUGGAACCAAUGCCACCUCCACAACUCUUCAGUGAUGAAAAUCCUAAUGCAUGCUGCAUUACAUGAACUCAUCAAAGGGAUGAGAAAAAGAAAAAUA